CACAGAAGCAGCAGCAGAAGCUGUUGGAGGAAAAGUUAAUGCUGUGUGAUGAUGUGAAGAUGGAGACCUGCAGGGUUUUAGAUGAAGAAACUAAUGUGGAAGACGCUCCUGUGGACCAACAGGAUGAAGGAUUUCUGAUCAAGGUGGUGAAAAAGGAGGAAUGUGAAGAUGAAGAUCAUCUCUAUGGAGGAACAUCGAGCUGUUUGGAACACGUUCCCUCUGUGGAGCAAAAACCUUCAGAAAUCUUGGAGACGCUUGUAAAAGAAGAACCUAAAGAUGAAGAUUAUCUCUACUGUGAGGAGUGUCGGUCGUUCUUCAUCAACAAGUGUGAGCUUCAUGGUGCAGCUCUCUUCAUCCCUGAUAGCCCUGUACCCAUCGGGGUCUCUGACAGAGCCAGACAGACUCUUCCACCCGCUCUAGAGCUUCAGGAGUCUGAUAUUCCUAAUGCAGCUCUGGGGGUGUUUAAUAAGGGGGAGACGCUUCCAGUGGGGGCACAUUUCGGACCCUACCAGGGAGAACUGGUGGACCGAGAGGAAGCCGUGAACAGUCGAUACUCCUGGGUGAUUUACAGAAGUGAUCAGUGUGAGAAAUACAUCAAUGCAGAAAGAGAGACUCAUGCUAACUGGAUGAGGUAUGUAAACUGUGCCGGUAACGAUGAAGAAAAUAAUCUGGUGGCGUUUCAGUAUCAGGGAGGAAUUUUCUACCGCUGCUGUCGACCCAUAAAAGCAGGACAGGAGCUCUUGGUGUGGUACGAUGAGACGUACGCUAAAGAUCUCAGUACAGCUUUCGAGCAGCUUUGGAAGAAAAAGUGCUCAGCAGAAGAAACCAGAGGAUUCUCCUGCUCCUUGUGUUCGUUGUUCUUUACAUCUCAGACUGAGCUCUCCCAGCACAUGAAGCAUUCUCACCACGAGGAACAGGAGGAGAAUCAGCAGCUACAGGGUGGGAAGAGUUUCACUCAGAACGGUUCUCUCACCAAGCACCAGCUUCCCAGUACAGGAGCAAAACUGUACCAGUGCUCAGAGUGUGGGAAGAGUUUUAAUCAGAAAAGUAACUAUAACAAACACCUGCUGGUCCACAGUGGAGAGAGGCCGUACCAGUGCUCCCAGUGUGGGAAGAGUUUCUAUCGCAACUAUCAUCUCAAACAACACCAGCUCAUCCACACCGGAGAGAAACCAUACCAGUGCUCCCAGUGUGAUAAGACCUUUAAUAGCAAAAGUCAUCUUAAUCUUCACGAGCGCACUCACACAGGAGAGAAACCGUACCAGUGCUCCCAGUGUGGGAAGAAAUUCACUGAGAGUGGAAGUCUCAAGCGACACCAGCUCAUUCACACCAGAGAAAAACCCUAUCACUGCUCAGAAUGUGAAGUUAGUUUUAAUUACAAGUGCACUUUCAAACGGCACCAGUGCAUUCACACUGGAGAGAAACCGUAUCAGUGCUCACAGUGUGGAAAACGAUUUACUGAAAAUAGUACUCUCAAACAACACCAGCGCAUUCACACAGGAGAGAAACCAUAUCAGUGCUCACAGUGUGGGAAGAGUUUUAACAGCAAAGGUCACUGCAAUUUACACCAGCGCAUUCACACCGGAGAGAAACCAUUCCAGUGCUCAGAGUGUGGGAAAACAUUCAGUGAAAGUGGUUCCCUUAAGCAACACCAGCUCAUUCACACAGGAGAGAAACCACACGAGUGCCCACAGUGUGGAAAAUGUUUCACUUACAAGAGUACUUUUAAACGGCACCAGCGCAUUCACACCGGAGAGAAGCCGUACCAGUGCUCACAGUGUGGAAGCAAAUUCACAGAGAAGAGUAGUCUUAAAAAACACCAGCACAUUCACACGGGAGAGAAACCAUUUCAGUGCUCUCAGUGUGAGAAGAGAUUUACACGACGGUCUCAUCUUGAAUUACACCAGCACAUUCACACUGGAGAGAAACCGUACCACUGCUCGCUGUGUCCGAAGAGUUUUUUUCACAUGAGUUCUCUGCAGUCCCACCAGCGCAUUCAUACGGGAGAGAAACCGUACCAGUGCGCACUGUGUGAUCUAAGGUUUGUUCAUUUAUCAACACUCAAGUCACACAUGCGCAAAAAGAAAUGUCAGUUUAUGGAAUAAUAAUUAAUGUUUUAUAACAAUUGUAAACAUGGCAACAGCUCCCACAGCUGGAUUGGGGAAUAAUUCUGCAAGAAAUAAUGCAAUAAAUGUUACAGAUUAAUCACAUGCUGUAGAAAAUACUGAAACACCUCCGAAGUAAAGCCAAACAUCCGGGCAUUAAAUAUAAAUGUUUAAUUGUUUACGUGUUUCUGAAAAUGUCUUUGUUAUACCGUCUCAUCAGCAUUUUUUUGUAUUUAAUAAAUAAAAUGCUUGUAGCUUUGUUUUUCAUGAUUUACUGCAGUAGCUGCAGUACUGUUUAUUCAUGGUGAUGUAACUGAAAGUCAUUUACUGUUUAAUAAAUAUCAGUUAUACCAUGUAGCUUUUUGUUUUUAAUAAGGUCUGUAUAAAGCCAGACUAUUUAAUCCAAAACUAUUAGCUCGACUAAUCAUCAUUUAAGAAUCAAAGUAUUAAUGUAUUCAUCUUACUGACUUUUUAUCUUUUUGUCAUUUUAAUGUGUAAAUAAAAUCACAAUUACAAGAGCUUGUGGGAUCAAUGCUUUGAUACCUGAUCAACAGGGACGUGUUAAACCUUGAGAUACGCUUACCAUUUUAGAUAAAGCCCUACAUACACGGGCUUGGACUGAUUUUCACCUUGUAUACAUUAGUGGAAAGUUUACCAUGCUAUGUUAACCACCUAAACCGGAGCUGGUUUGUCAGUUACAACAUUUGUAAUUCCCUAAAAAAUGUAAGUUACACUUAAAUCACCGUUUUUAUAAAGGACACUUAUACAUUCCUGUAACCGUGUGACCUGUCCAGCACCUAAUACGUUUAUGAGGUUGUUUUUUGGAGUUUAUUUUUGACAUGAAAUCGUUUUUUUGUCACAGUGACCAGUUCUUGUUAUUGUUUUUAUUUGGACUAUUUGUGUGUAGUGGUUGUACCACAUGCUUGUAUGAGCUUUGUAGCAAAUGCCAAAAGCAAGUUAAUAAAGUAUUGUUGUUAA